CCUCAGCUCGCGUCCGCGCGGCGGCCUCCGUGCAGCGCCGAGCACCUGGGCCCGCAGCGCUCCGUGCCCCCGCCGUGCCGCGCCCGGGCCCGGGAGCCGCCAUGGCCAAGCAGCUGCUAGCGCUGCUGGACGAGCUGGACGAGCAGCAGUUCGAGCGGUUCAAGUUGGUGCUGCGGCACUCGUGCCCCGGGUUCCGCGUGCCGUGGGGGCAGCUGGCCUCCGCCUCGCGGACCCGCACCGCCGACCUGCUGCUGCAGCGCCACCCCCGCGGGGCCCGGGCCCUGGCCCUGGCCCGGCGCCUGCUCCGGCGCUCGCAGCGCAAAGCUGCGCCCGGCCGCCCUAAGCCGGCCCCGGCCACAGGUUACAGGAAGGUGUAUACUGAACAUAUCCAGGACAAAUACAGAUACAUAAAAGACAGGAACUCUCUUCUUGGUGAGAAGGUUAAUCUAACCAACAGAUACACAAAACUGGUCAUUGUGAAGGACCCACAUGCCAAAAAGAAAGAUCUACAUGAAAUAAUGACUUUGAGAGAGAAAUACAUAAAAACCACAAGUGAGCAAAGGAGAUCCUUCACCCUCAGUGACUUAUUUGCACGUGAUGAAAAUGGAGAAACUCCGCGAAUUGUGGUGCUGUUGGGAGCUGCAGGGAUUGGAAAAACAAUGACCGCAAGAAAGAUCAUGUUUGACUGGGCAUCUGGAGAGCUUUAUCAGAGUAAGUUUGAUUAUGUUUUCUACAUACAUUGUAGGGAAUUUAUGUUAGGCAGUGACCAGAGAAGUCUUGAGGAUUUGAUCUUAACAAACUGUCCUGAUGAACAUGCACCAAUGGCAGAGAUUUUGGUGAAUCCAGACAAAAUCCUGUUUAUAAUUGAUGGCUUUGAUGAACUGAGAUUUUCCUUGGAUCAGCCAGAAGACAACCUGUGUUCUGAUCCCUGUGAGAAGAAAGCAGUGGAAAUCACACUGAGCAGUUUAUUCAGGAAGAAAGUGCUUCAGAAAUCCUACUUACUCGUUACCACAAGACCAACUGCCUUAGAGAAGCUGAAUGAGUUGUUGGAAAAUGAACACUGUGUAAAAAUACUGGGUUUUUCAGAAACUGAGAGGAGAAAAUACUUUGACAAAUACUUUGAGGAUAAAAAGAGAGCAAGAAAAGCCUUUAAUUUUGCAAGAGAAAAUGAAAUGAUCUUCACCAUGUGCUCUGUCCCCAUGGUGUGCUGGAUCAUCUGCACUGUCCUAGAGCAACAGAUGGAUGAAGGUGAAGAUCUUGCACAGAGUUCGGAAACAAUCACAGGAGUCUACCUGCACUAUCUUGACAAUCUGUUGCAGGGUUGUGACCGACAUCUAAAGCCAGCAGUACAAACCAACUUGAAGGGACUCUGCUCCUUGGCUACAGAGGGAAUCUGCAAGCAGAAGAUCCUGUUUGAGGCUGAAGAGCUCAAGAAACACGGCUUAGAUGCAUCUGACUCAUGCUUUCUGAAUGAGAACCUCUUUCGAAAAGCCACCAAGUGCGAAUGUCUCUACAGCUUCAUUCAUGUGUCUUUUCAAGAGCUUUUUGCAGCCUUGUUUUAUGCUCUAGAGAAUGAAGAAGAAAGAACAGGCAGAGACUCAGGAAACGACAUAAAAGAUUUGAAAACCUUGUUAGCUGACUAUGAAAAAUCAAAAAAUUAUUUAAUGUUAACCGUGCGAUUUCUUUUUGGUCUCCUAAAUGAAGAGAGAAAGAAGGACAUAGAGAGAAUCCUUAACUGCCAAAUUUCAUUGAAAAUUAAGCCAGAAUUACAGAAAUGGAUUAAAACAGCACUCUCAGAGUCUGAUACACCACUGCCAUGCUCUAAUGGUGGUAAUAUUCAAACAGCUUCCCAGCUUGAGGACUUUCACUGUUUGUAUGUGUCACGGCGGGGUCCUCACGGAGGGCCGUGAUCUCCUUGAGGCCCUCUCACCGCUCUACUCCGGCCCGAGGGCACCCUCCAUUCUCGCCUGCCACGUCUUGAUCGAAUAUGUAAUAGGGAGGCUGCCUUGUGUUUCCUCGGGCCUGUCAGCUCCUGGACCCCUCGUGGGUCUCCCCGUUCAAUGGCGCUACCCAAGCGCCCCAGCCUUAUGGGCUAUGCGUGGCUCCUACCUCCCCUGAUACCACGC